CCUUGCGGGCGCACGGACGCGCCGUGCGGGCGGUUCCGGUGGCGGGAUGUCGGGGCCCAACGCGGAGCCGCAGGUCCCGGUGGGCGACGACGGGGACGGGGACAGCUUCGGGGAGGAAGAAUAUGCAGCAAUAAACUCCAUGCUGGACCAGAUCAACUCCUGCUUGGAUCACCUGGAGGAGAAGAACGAUUAUCUACAUGCCUGCUUGAAAGAGCUGCUGGAGUCCAACCGCCAGACGCGUCUGGAGUUCCAGCAGCAGAGCGAGCAGCAGAACAUGGAAGCUGAUGUGCAGGGAUCACAGCCUCCCAACUAGUGUCUGGCCACAAACUCAGAUGGUAUUGCUGAGGGGACUGCUCACUGAUUUAAUCUUAGAACUUGAAGAGGUACCUUGUGCCUGUAACUUGUUCCUUCCUGUGCUUGUGUCCUGCCAUUCACCUCCAUGUUCUGUUUUCCUUUAGCUGUGUGAUAGGUGCAGAAGCACACAGGUGGAUGGAGGAGAGCUGGUUCUUUCUGCUCCCCAACAUAAGCCUGGCACUGACACUUGGUUAAAGUUGGUUGUAAGGAAACCUGAUGCCAUGCAGGUUGGUUGUGAGCAGGCCCCUCUUCCCAAAGAGCAAAAAUGAUCUCUGCUCUUUUAGACCAUUAAAUCCAGGCACGGAGUGUUACAGCCCUAGCCUCUUCCCUCAGAAAGCACAGAAGGCAGGAGCUGUCCUGACUCCAGGCUUGCCCCUAUGUGUAACUCAGGUGACAGACUUGGAGAGGGAAGCCCUAAGCCAGCUCCUGCCUUAAAACUACAGCUUCUCCAUUAUUCACAUUAACUGGGAUGUCCAAAGUAUUGGCUGAUGUUCCCACAUCACCAGAUGCUUCUAUCCCCUUCCCAACAGAUAAGUCAAGCUACCAGGACGAUGUUUUGACUGGUAGAGUUGGAAGCUGCCUAACUCCUUAAGCUGCCAUUAAGGGCUCGGGUGAUGGAAGCAGAGCAGCCCAGUUAGUCCCCACCACAGCAUGAGCUGCGCAGAGCAGAGACAAGAUCUGCCCCUGGGCUGCUCCCUGUACAUUUUGACAAGAGCAUGCACGAGCAUCCUGGUCUGAAACUGCAACCUUGUCAGGAUGGCCUGGGGCCAGCGCUGCAAAACAAUUCUUACUGUUCUGUAGAAUUAAAGGAGUUUGUUUUGAAAGUUACAGAAGUUAUUUAUAAGAAAUCUGUUUUAUUAAAAUCAGUUUGAAAUAAGAUUUGUUCCUGAGAGCCUCCACUAUGAGAACAGACUGUAUUAGGCCUUGUAGUAUUAACAGAGGACCAAGAUGCACAUUCUUGCCUAGCUCAGGACACAGUGCUUGCCUGAGAGUGUGCAUCUCUGAAAGGAAACUGUUCUGAGAAGCAGAAUUGGGCACAGAGUCUCCCAAGAGAUAAAUGUUUCCUCUGCCUGGAAGGGAAAUGAGAGGAACUACAAAGAAUUCUUACUACUAAGUCUGCAUCCAUCUACUUCAUGAACUUUGUCCUCUGUAACAAUCCCAUUUCCAGGUUCAACAAUCCAAGCCUCAGUUCUUCCACACAAUUGCUGUGUCCCAACUGUACAAGAAAUAACCAACACCAUCCUGUAUUAGACACGCUAAAGCCAGGCUUCUUUUAUUCUUAAAAUAAAAACAGCAGUAAAGUUGAA